AACGGCGGCGCCUCGGAGGAUUCUGGGAGAUGUAGUCCUCUCACUUUCAACUUGUGCCCACACAGAUGCAAACGGAAACUACAUUACCCAGAAAUCUGUGUUUCAUAGGCGUACGUCCUAUAUGGCAGGUCAGCCAAUCAGUGUGGAUAGAUUACCAUAUCGCUCCGCCUCCCAGCGCCAGCAGGCAGGGGUCCUCCUGAUUACAAUAAGGCAGCACGAUAUACACCAUGACAAAGUGCAUCGUGAAGAACUGUCACAGUGUCACUGGGACUGACCGGGUUAAACUUCAUGGAUUUCCGUGCUCCAUCCCCUUGAUUAAACUCUGGCUGCAGCAGACUGGUAACAUUUUCAGUGAUAUCGAUGUAUUUGCAGAGAGUGUUCUACGUUCCCGGAAAUCUGGUCUCUAUCAGAUCUGUUCCAAACAUUUCUCCCCGAAAAGUUACAUCUUUAACGGCACAGAAAUGGUUCUGAAGCCAGAUGCCAUUCCCACAAUUUUUGGAAAAGUACAAAAAACCCACAUGGAGGACGACAUCUUUAUGGUUUCGCCGUGCAAGGAUGUUGAAGUUGUUACAUGUGUGAAUCCUGUUCCGCCCCAGCCUCGAGUGCAGACUUUCUCUCCGCUGAUAGGACACAGAGUGAAGGAUAUGUGCACAGAAGACUCGGAGAAUAUCGACUUCAGGGGAACGAAACACGAUUCCACAUUCACAGCGAAAUUGAUGGUGGAUAAAUCAAUUGGUACAGAUCCAUACAAUGAUAUCUCUGACAGCCAGAAUGAGAAGCUAAUGAAUAAAAGACUUUUAACUCUCGCUAUGGAAAUCAUCUCCCUACUUACUGGAGAGGAAUACAUGAUGGUUAAGAAGAAUUGUAGCCGUCCCACCUCACCGCUAACAGGAGAGGUGCCUAUAAAAUGUGGCGAUGUCUCCAUUUACUUCUCCAUGGAGGAGUGGGACUAUAUAGAAGAUCACAAGGACCAUUACCAGAAUGUGAUGGAGAAUGAGGAAAGAUCUAGCAAUCCUUCAUCCCCAGCAGAACCAGAGGUGCCUGCCGAUAGUGUAACCACUGUUUUGGACACUGAGGAACAAGAUGAUACCCAGAGCAUAGAGGACGUGGAAGAGGUGGACUUGUCGGCCGACACCAGUGAAGAUGAAUUCAAUGCAGAAGUUGUAUCAAGUGGACAAGCAAUAGAAGAGCCGUAUGCAGUGACUUCCUGGGAGGCUCCUGCAGUGCAUGAGGAUACCUGUGCAGUAGAUGAAUUUAAGAGCAGAGAUUUGCAAGGAGAGUCCUGCACCAUGGCUUGUUCACCUGAUGAAACAGUGGAGGAUAACAAAACGAACUUCCAUAUAUCUCAAGUAGAGGACAGUGGAGAAAACUUUCCCGCUGAGUCACCCAGACACGUUAUAGAAAACUUUGUAUAUACUUCUACAUUCGAUCAGUGUGAAGAUCAGUCGUGGACUGCGUAUGACAAGUUUGUUGGUGACGCCAAUUGUCUGUCGAAGGAACAUCCACAAAUUAAGGAGGAGAGCAGCCAAUAUAAUUAUACAUUUGAGGAAGAACCAGCAUAUGUAGACAAUCUGACUCGCGUUUGUGAGGAACGCAGUCAGCUGUUUGAAACCAUGAACAAUCUUCUCGUCCACCAGAUCACACAUGGCCAGUCGUCCUCGGCAGAUAAGCCUUAUGCCUGCAGCCACUGUGAGAAACGCUUUGCAAAGAGGUCACACCUGGGAAUGCAUCUAAAGACGCACACAGGAGAAAAGCCGUACGCAUGUCCGGACUGUGGGAAACUGUUUAGUAGAAGAUCCAAUAUGGCCACACACUACAGAACACACACCGGAGAGAAGCCAUUUGCUUGUCCGAAGUGUGGCAAACGCUUCACCCAGAGUUCGCACAUGGUGACACACCAAAGGACGCAUACCACAGACAAACUCUUUACGUGUCCUGAGUGUAGGAAAUGCUUUACCAAGUGGUCGUAUCUGAAUUUCCACCUCCGAACUCACGGAAUAGAGAAGCUGAGUGUGCCCUGAGCGUGGAUGACUUGCUCACGAUCCUUUUGGAAAGCAGCAGACAUAGACCAUCUCCAGUAACUGUGCAGCUCAUAAAAUUAAAUUAAAAUCCAGUAUUUUUGUUGACAAAGUCAUUAGGUAAAAUUAUGUGUGUAUCCAGAACGUGUUGAUGUCACAAACUGUUCUUAUGAUGUAUUGCAAAAGGUUUUUAGUUCUGUUGAGAUCUUCACGUCAUCCGUGGCAACAUGCUUGCUUAAGUACUUAAUAGCUUUUUGUGAUGUGGCUGAAACCCUUAGAACUUUCCGGCAUUGUAUGGGUGGUGACUGCAACAGUGUGGAACAAGCAGAUUUUUAGGAUUUGUACUUUAGGAUGGCUGAAUAGCUGCUCAUUGUACAUUUCACUGCUGUCCCCAGUAUAUCAUGUCCAUGGCUUGAAUGCUUGAAAGCACCAAACGUUUUCCCUGUGAUUUUAGACAUUCCCUCGGGGUGAUCCAGUUUCCUCCUACUGUCCAAAGACAUACUGAUAGCUUAAUUGGUUUUCUAAUAGGUGUGCGUUUGUGGGUAUCCGGACUAUAGGUCUACACUAAAAAGGUCUACAGUCAAUAGGUCUACCACUAAUGAUAGACAUGCAUUAGGUCGAUAGGGUCAAAAGGUUGACAUGUAAAGGGUAGACAGUUCAACAGGUCGAAAGGGUCAAAAGGUCGACAUAACAAUGGUCGACGCACACCAAAGACACAAGUUUUUUUUAUUUUAAUUUUCAUUGGUUUCAACUUUUUUUACUUUACCAUCCACGUGGACUACAACUGGGAAUAGUUAUUGUGCCGAGCACAGCGGUAGUGGUGCGAGGCACCUUGCCCGAGGCAUAGCGAGCCAUGCAUGGGGACGUGGUACACUGAUGGGGCUUGUUUGUGGCAGAAAAGUGACAAAACACCCAAAACAAAAUAUUGUGUCUACCUUUUUUUUUUUUUGUCGACCAUUUCCUUGUUGACCUUUUGACCCUGUCGACCUUUCCUACUGUCCACCUAUUCUGUCAACCUUUUAACCCUUUCAACCUUUUGACCUUGUCGACCUAAUGCAUGUCUACCAUUAGUGGUGGACCUAUUGACUGUAGACCUUUCUAGUAAAGAUCUAAUAAUUCACACCUGUGUUUGUGUGGUACGGAAUGUAAAGUUUAAGCUCCAGAGGGACAGGGACUGAUGUCAUUGAACACAGAGUUAUAUGCUUAGUAAUAUGUUGUUGCCAUAUAAAAAAGUAAUAGUGAUUAAUAGAUCAGUAUAGUACACAGUAGUUACUGCAUUUUCAGCAGUGCCGGUGUAACAUGAAUAUUCCUUACACUAUUUUUAAUCUAUGUGCUCUUUUUUAAAAGUACAAUGAGUAUUCGUAAAGGCUCUCUGGUUUUCAAUAAUCUUUAAUAUAGUAUUUUCCCUGAUCUAACAGCAUAUCCGGUUGGCACAGUGGUCAGCAUUACUGCCUCACAGCACUAAAGGGUUAAUUUCCAACCAGGACCCCGUGUAGCUUUUGUAUCUCUCAUUUUGUGAGUGGGUUUCCUCCAGGUGCUCCUGUUUCACCCACAGGGCAUCUUAGAACCAAUGAUACUCAUACACGGAGAGAUCUAUGGGAACUGUUCUCCACCACAGUUUCUCUGACGUCCUAGUGGAUGCUGGGGACUCCGUAAGGACCAUGGGGGAUA